UACCAUCACAGGAAAACACAGCGACAGGGGGUGCGGUCUUUCCUGUAGGCGAGAACGGAAGCGGAAAUUCGGCCAUCUCCUCGUACAGUCAGGCUUCAGCAGGUUUCCAUCUUUCGUCAUCUGUGGUUCUCAGACCCAAUGUCGCCACGGGAAGAAAAAGACGGACUGAGACAAAACGCCCCAUGAACGAGUGGUGGACAAGGUUGAGAAACAGAAGUUUGCCAAGAGGGAGACCCUUUCUUUGCUUCUCACUUGAGUAACACAUAUUGAUACAGGAGUCUGCGGCUAGACAGUUGCCAUGUCGACCUCUUCGCUGCGGCGACAAGUAAAGAACAUCGUCCACAACUAUUCAGAGGCUGAAAUCAAGGUUAGAGAGGCGACAUCCAAUGACCCAUGGGGCCCCAGCAGCUCUCUUAUGUCAGAGAUAGCAGAUCUGACCUACAAUGUUGUGGCCUUCUCAGAAAUCAUGAGCAUGGUGUGGAAACGACUGAAUGACCACGGAAAGAACUGGAGACACGUGUACAAGGCUAUGACUCUUAUGGAGUAUCUGAUCAAGACGGGUUCAGAGCGCGUUGCCCAGCAGUGUCGAGAAAACAUUUAUGCAGUCCAGACCCUGAAGGAUUUCCAGUACAUAGACAGGGACGGCAAAGACCAGGGUCUGAAUGUGAGAGAGAAAGCUAAACAGCUGGUGACGUUGUUAAAAGACGAAGAAAAACUAAGAGAAGAGAGGAUCCAUGCCCUUAAAACCAAAGAGAAAAUGGCACAGACCACCAGUGCCUCCUCGGCCCCCUCAGCACCUAGCCUUGGGGGCAGCCUAUCCGUGGGCUCUCAUUCUGGAGAUCCGGAGCAGGCGUGGCCACAAAGCUCCGGGGAGGAAGACCUGCAGCUUCAGUUGGCGUUGGCCAUGAGUAAAGAAGAGGCAGAGCAGACUAGCGCGGACCCUCUGGAGGAUGCAGAGCUUCGCUAUGCAAUCACACUCAGCAAAGAGAUCCACCAAAAGGAGGAGCGGUUGCGGAGAGGGGAUGACCUGAGACUGCAGAUGGCCAUUGAGGAGAGCAAGAGAGAGAAACCGAAAGCAGAAGAGAGUGCUUUGAUGGAGCUGAGUGCAGUAGACCCCUGGGGGGCUCCCGCUAACGCCACUGUGAGCUCCGCCGGCCCUUCACCCCCCCUUACGCUUUCUGGACCCUCGGCCUCGGGUCCAUGGGGUACAGCUCCCACAGAUCCAUGGGGAGCAGCGUCACCGACUUCCCCCACAAGCUCCGACCCCUGGGGUGGAGGAGCAGCGCCCCCUAUAGCCCCUCCUCCAGACCCCUGGGGGGAGACGUCCCACAAAGUUAACAACGUCGACCCCUGGGGAAACUCAGCUGUGACCCCACCCAGUGCUGACCCCUGGGGCUCCCCUGUGCCACCCAGCACAUCCUCCUCAGGGGGGCCGGUGGACCCCUGGGCAAGGGAUGGGCCUGCCCCUGCCUCUGACCCCAUCACCCCUGACACCUGGAGUGGCACCAACAAGCAAACUAAUGGCACAGGGGAUCCAGGACGGAGAGGCUCUAUUACAGGCUGCGACAGCACAGGCUCACCAGUUCCCUUCGACUUGUCAUCGCUCGGCUCUACGCUUCCCGUUCGUAAGACUCCAGAGUCCUUCCUGGGCCCCAACGCAGCGCUCGUUGACCUCGAUUCCCUGGUGUCGUCUAAACCCAAACCCAAGCAGCCGCCGCCUCCUUCCAUCUCGGCCUCUUCAUCGAACAACCCCUUCCUUCAGAACACAGGCUCGUCUCCUGCUCCCGGCAUGGCAGUGACUCCAGGCAGCACCAUUUCCAGCCGGGGAGUUUCACCAACACCCGUCUCCUCCAACCCCUUCGGUGCCCCGCCCAUGACCUCCAUCUCCCCCCAGCCGUCGUCCCUAGGCCUGAGCCUGCGUGCCAGUCCUGUGCCUCCCAAUCCCAUGCUGGCCAUGGUCCAGCCAGGAAUGGGCCUGGGGCCCAUGAGCGUGGGAAUGGGGGCUCCCGAAUGGGCCUGGGAAUGAUGCAGGGCCAGUCCCAUGGGAAUGCCCUUCAGCGGUCUCCCAAUGGGACCCCCGGGCUCUGGUCUACUGGGGCCAGGAGCCAUGCCCCCCCCUCAGCAGAUUUUGGGUGGCCCUGCGGGAGUAGGAGGAAUGAUGGGAGCAGGAGGAUCUAUGGGCGGCGGAGGAGCGGCCGGAGCGAGCACCAACCGUUUCUCCUUUGAGGAAGUGUCACCACUACUUUGUUCACCUUUCUGCCUCAGCUGUCCGGCUCCUCUUUGCUCUCACAACUUAACUGCUGACCUCCCCCAGACUAGCGCGGACCCUCUGGAGGAUGCAGAGCUUCGCUAUGCAAUCACACUCAGCAAAGAGAUCCACCAAAAGGAGGAGCGGUUGCGGAGAGGGGAUGACCUGAGACUGCAGAUGGCCAUUGAGGAGAGCAAGAGAGAGAAACCGAAAGCAGAAGAGAGUGCUUUGAUGGAGCUGAGUGCAGUAGACCCCUGGGGGGCUCCCGCUAACGCCACUGUGAGCUCCGCCGGCCCUUCACCCCCCCUUACGCUUUCUGGACCCUCGGCCUCGGGUCCAUGGGGUACAGCUCCCACAGAUCCAUGGGGAGCAGCGUCACCGACUUCCCCCACAAGCUCCGACCCCUGGGGUGGAGGAGCAGCGCCCCCUAUAGCCCCUCCUCCAGACCCCUGGGGGGAGACGUCCCACAAAGUUAACAACGUCGACCCCUGGGGAAACUCAGCUGUGACCCCACCCAGUGCUGACCCCUGGGGCUCCCCUGUGCCACCCAGCACAUCCUCCUCAGGGGGGCCGGUGGACCCCUGGGCAAGGGAUGGGCCUGCCCCUGCCUCUGACCCCAUCACCCCUGACACCUGGAGUGGCAUCAACAAGCAAACUAAUGGCACAGGGGAUCCAGGACGGAGAGGCUCUAUUACAGGCUGCGACAGCACAGGCUCACCAGUUCCCUUCGACUUGUCAUCGCUCGGCUCUACGCUUCCCGUUCGUAAGACUCCAGAGUCCUUCCUGGGCCCCAACGCAGCGCUCGUUGACCUCGAUUCACUGGUGUCAUCUAAACCCAAACCCAAGCAGCCGCCGCCUCCUUCCAUCUCGGCCUCUUCAUCGAACAACCCCUUCCUUCAGAACACAGGCUCGUCUCCUGCUCCCGGCAUGGCAGUGACUCCAGGCAGCACCAUUUCCAGCCGGGGAGUUUCACCAACACCCGUCUCCUCCAACCCCUUCGGCGUGGCCCCGCCCAUGACCUCCAUCUCCCCCCAGCCGUCGUCCCUAGGCCUGAGCGGCCUGCGUACCAGUCCUGUGCCUCCCAAUCCCAUGCUGGCCAUGGUCCAGCCAGGAAUGGGCCUGGGGCCCAUGAGCGUGGGAAUGGGGGCUCCCGGAAUGGGCCUGGGAAUGAUGCAGGCCAGUCCCAUGGGAAUGCCCUUCAGCGGUCUCUCCCCAAUGGGACCCCCGGGCUCUGGUCUACUGGGGCCAGGAGCCAUGCCCCCACCUCAGCAGAUUUUGGGUGGGCCUGCGGGAGUAGGAGGAAUGAUGGGAGCAGGAGGAUCUAUGGGCGGCGGAGGAGCGGCCGGAGCGAGCACCAACCCGUUUCUCCUUUGAGGAAGUGUCACCACUACUUUGUUCACCUUUCUGCCUCAGCUGUCGUACCUGCUCCCCCCAUCAUUCAUCGCCCCCCCUCCUCACCCUUCUCAACACACGAUGUGUCCACAAAGAGAAAUACCUACAUUAAAAAGAACAAAAAUAUACUUUUAUUUUCCUUCAAAAGCAUUUCAUUUCAAAUUAAUUCUCCACAAUUUGUUCCUUUCAUUUCAAAAUUGGAUGUAUUUUUUUUUUUUGUGUGUGUCUAAUAGAAAUAUUUAUUUUCAGUCUGCUUCUGUUCUGUAUUUUCCGUCUGAAGUUAAGUCAGUCGCUCUCCACCCUUAACUACUGCACACGAGAGGGAGCCGAAGGAAGAGGUCCCACAGCCACUAACGAACUAAGCAGAGAAACUGUCGUACCCGCCUCUUCCUCCUCCCCCCCUCUCUCUCUCCGCCUAGAACGAAGACGAACACUGAAUCACUGAAACGAGUGCAUGAAGGAUCAUUUUUAACGGAGCCCCCCCACCCCCCCAGACUGAUACACGGACUAAACAAACCUGCAUUAACAUUUCGGUCACAAUGUGGUCAAACUUUUUUCAACCAGUUCACUUUUAAUUUAAAUGUUGAGUGUAAUUUAUUUUUUUUCCAACACCUGGGAACAAAUAAACAAGGAAGACCACGCAGUGAUGGCAUUUAAACCAGAUGCUUAUUUUUUUUUUUCCCCCCACCACCCCUACUGUUGUGGAUAAAAAAAAAAAAAAAAAAAGCUGACAUUUGUGGUUGUAUGGCAGGGCGAACAAACCGUUGAAUGUGCGUGUUUGUGACCGUGUGCGAAAGAGAACGCAAAUGCUUAUUUAUCAGCGUGCAGAAGCCAGUUUGUGUUUUUGUUUCAGUACUCUGUCCCAUUUCCCCUUGUGUCCGAUCUCAUUUCAGGGACUCUGAAUGGAAGGAAAAAAAAAAAACACAUUUCUGAAAAUGAAUCACCUGUGAUGAUAUGUAAGGUUGGAUUUUCAAUGAGAUAUUUUAUGGGUCAUGUGAUUACUCUGCCAAUCUUCAUUGUUUUCCUCGUUAAUCACCUUUUUCAUCUGGGAUGCCUGGAAUUCAGGUGUCCCAAAGCAACACUGUCCUCAUGUUUCAUUCCCCCCCCCCCCCCCCCCCUUUUCUUUGUAAAGGGAGUUCAGCAGAUGCUUCUUUCAAGAGACAAUUGUUUCAUCGAGUGAAAGGAGACAACACAGGGACAUGAAAACAUGCUCCAUACUGCUCUUUUAAUUUAGCUGGUUGAAUUUAUUUUAUAUCAAGAGAAGUAUCUUUUAUCGGGUAAGUUUGACUUUUGUGUGGUGUCAACUGUGAAAAUUCACAUUUGAAAAGAAAAAUGGAGAAAAAAAAAUCUAAAGAAAUUUAUGAAAUAAAACAAAAACUGGGAAUGUGA